CUGUUAACUUGUAUUUCUCGGAAACAGAGAUGUCAUCUGGUUACAGGAAGUUCAGGAGGAAAUGUUGUAUUGUGUACAGCAUAAACACCACAGGCCACAGUUCUCAAUGAUGAACCCCCUGCAUGACCACCAGUGCUGCCUGCUCCUGUUCUUUCUGUUUGUACAAGUGCAUUUUCUUGCAGGCACAAAUGUGGACUUCAGAGUUUUACAAUCACCACCCAAUUUAACUCUUUCCAAGGGAGAGACUGCAGAAAUGAAAUGCUCUUGGAAUGGGCCAAAAAACAUCAGCCGAAAGGGAAGCUGGUAUAAAGAUAAAACGAUUGAGAAGAUUUCCUCAAUCUCCAAGAGGACAAUUAUCUUAUCUCAAAACAACUCAUCAACCCUGGUCAUUCACAAUGUAUCUAGUAAUGAUUCAGGUUUAUAUGUUUGUAAAGUUAUCCAAGAUAUACCGAAACUCAUUACAAACUUUGGAAAGGGAACACAAUUAACAGUGAAUUCACAAACUAAAACCUCCACUGAGAACCAAGAGGGUGUUGAAAACCCUGAAAACGAUAAAAAUGGACUUCCACUUCAACUCACAGUGUCUUUGGCUGUUGUUGUCGGUCUACUGGUGUUCAGUGCUCCUUUUAUUAUCUGCAGAUUAAAAAGAGCAGGAAAUAAUGUGAUCAGGGAGGCACCCAUCGAAAGUGAGGAGCACAGAGAAGAAGUUGAGUCCAGCUCUAACUCCUCCAGGGGUUCAACCCAGUGGGUAAGUCGAGGCUGGAAGUUAUUUGGUAGUAAACUGUCAGGUCAAUACUCACACUGUGCAUCUGCAUACAGUUGAAGUGAAAUGCCUACACUUGAAACUCUGUUUCUCGAGGUCACCGAGUAGCCUAGUGUCAGUACGAAAA